CUUGUGCCAGGGCCAGUACAGAGUGUCGGCACUGACCAGAUGCAAGCAGUGCCAAGCCACUGCGGUGUCAGUCAAUCAAACGUGAUGGAAGGGUGUCUGCCGACAGCUCUGCCUGGUCCUGACAGAGCACCCCACGCCGAAGGUACCCGUGGGACACAACGUCCGGCUCUGCCGCUGACCACAUCGUCGACCGACCCUCAGCUUGCUGCUCCUCCGUCGCCGGAGAGACCACCAGUUGCUUUUGUGGAACUAAGACGGCCACCUUGGCCCCUAUUUCCACCAGCUGACGUGUUAUAUCGCGAUCGUGUUCGAAAAACACUUCUCCCGGCACCAGGAAGUAGCCAGAAAGAAACUGAGUCAGGACAAGGAUUGUUGGAGUUGUCUCUAGGUACUGUCCCUCAUGUCGGUGCUCCGGCUGUACAUGGCAGCGACAGCAGAUGGUGGCAUCAACUGGAGGCGAUGGAACUCGCAGUGGUAGCGAGAAGGCAAGCCGAUGAGAAAAGGGAGGCUAAUGAGGAGAGGCGGGUCAGAGAGAGAAAGCAGGCCGAAGAGAGAAAGGAGGCCGAAGCGAAACGGCAGCUAGGUAUCAGCAGUGCGCUACUUCCCCUGAGGGCGCAAGUCCACGCAUUUCCAGAAGAACGCACUACAGGAGGUGACGACGAAACAGCGUCGAGCUCUGUCCCCAGCUUGGGCACAACGGGCUCUGCGAUUCCGCACACACAGGAUCCUUGUGAGGGCAUGAUGGGAGAGGGCCAAGGAGAGGCGUCGGCGUCUGCCGACAGUCAGGGCGCCGCCGGUGGGUUUGCAGACGCUCAGACGCCGAGUCGUGGUGAGGGUGAGUCUGUGUGGAUGAGUGGGAGAUUAGGAGGCGUGGACGAGGGAUCGGGUUCCGGCCGACCACCUGCUCAUCAGCUACCGCAUGCGCUGUCGGUCUAUUCGGGUCGAGAUAUGGUGGGUGUCGACGACCAGACAACGUCGCCCGGAGACGAGGAUAUGUCGCCGCUUUCUUCAGGAGCGGUGGACGACGCAGUCAUCCAGGAAGUGUUAUUGUGGUUAGAAGGCGCUACAGGAGAGGACGACGGAGCGGCGCAAACGUCUGAUGACACUCACACUGCAGUCACUAAUCUCUCGAUGUUGCCGACACAUUCCUUUGGCGCUGGGGAAGAGGAGGGUGCGAGCACGACCAUGUCUCGUGAGAGCCAGCGGCGGUCAAGUGAUUUCUCGUCUGAGACGCCAUUUCACAUUAAUGUGGCGGCGUCGGAAGUGUCAAGCGAGACGGGUGCUGAUACGGAAACGCAAGGAAUGGGAACGAGGGAAAGUAUGAUGGCGAUUUCGUCUUUGCGCCCAUCAGCUGAAUUGCUCUCCGAAGAGGGAUUCGUCACACCAAGCCCGGCUCCACAACGUGUGCAGGAAACAGGGCUGCAUCAGUCGUCAGGAAGCGGCAUUCAGGGGACUGGCUCCGUACAGGCGACUAUGCAGUUUCCGGCAAUCAAAGACGAUAGCGUGAGAUUCUCGCCUACUUGGGAUUCCGAGCCUGUGAUGGAGUGGUGGCCUCUGCAACUGGUGUUGGAACUUCAAACGCCGACGACAGAACUGGCGUCUGAGACACCCGGGAGCUCGGUAUCCUUUCCUCAUUUUGGAUCCGUCGACCGGGAAACACGGGCAGUGGAUCAGCCGCACGGAUCCGCUGAUGAGCGAGACCGUUCGCGACUCACCGGUGGAAGUGCUGGUCAUGAGGAAGCUUCCUCUAAAGGCGCUUCAGACAGUAAAGGCUCUCUUUCGUUCAGCGGGGUUUCUGCAAGGACUAGUGGCAAAUCUAUGACGUUAGGGGACGCGAUGCCUUCGUUCCGAGAUGUGGAGACAGUGGAUGCAGUCAGCGGAUCGGACGGACGGGGCAGUGUGCCACCACACCCGGAGUAUCUCGGACUUCAGGAACGAGGAGCGUUCCAUCAACAUCGGCGAGGACGGCUGCAUGCUGCUACAUUCGGUCCGCUGACGAGGCCACCACAGCGGCCGCAAUCACAUCGACCACUGCGGGAGCGUGCUGGCGUCUCAGGUGGGACACUGUCACCCUCGGCGUUCACUGCAGACUCGCCCAAGCCUAGUGGGAACUCGAGUUCUGAGAAAUUUGACUGAUGCGAAUUCUCCCGUUCUUAUCAAAACGCCACUGUCGAAACACGUACCGGGUUGGGGUCCACCAGGACUUGAAAGACUGUGGGAUAACAGGCGUAGCAUCGCAUGUACCCAUCAUUGGAAGUGAGUCACUAUCGUUCCAAGCGGCAGCGAGAACCACCAAAACAGAACAGAGUGCACACGUGCAUUAGUCCGAGCGGUAGUCAACAAGAAAGCAUUGGACGAGUCGAUCGACAGGCACCGCAUAGGUAAAUUCUUGAGUAGCUUGGAGGGCGCAGGAAAUCCGAAACGAGAUCAACGGUGGGGGACCUGAUCGGGCUGAGGCUUGACCCAGACGGGCGUUAGUCAGCGAACGAAGGCAGGUCGACCCUGUCGAGCUUUUAUCCUUGAGAAAAUCGGUCAGGGGCUCGCAGUGUUGAUUGCAGCGGUGGUGCCUGCAGGCGUUUGCAAGAAACAAAACGCAGUUCUGUUUCAUGACCAUCUCUGUGGUGGGUCGGCAUGUCCUGGGGCUUUACAGGCGUCGAUGGCUCUCUAGUACGUAUCGACGUCACAGUCUUGCAGACGUAUAUAACACCAGUUGGCGUAGCGUCUUCUGUCAGCGGACGCGAGAUUGUUCCGUUUAACGCCGUAUUCACAGGAACCAUUAUCACGAUAUGGGUUGCUGGGUUUUAUCUGGCUGGAACUAGAUCUUCUCCAUAAGCGAGAUGCCUGAACGAAAUAAUUGUAUUCUGCCAGGAGGUGCGUAAAAUCUCGUGCACCUGUGUGCUAAGGCAGCAAACGAUGUUCCACGUGACUCUCUCCGGCAAUGAAAAUAGAGCUCCGCUGCACUGCAAUUGCGAGAUCAGUGUUGCAGCGCUUGCUGUGUCACGCGGCUUCACCUUUGGCCGCGUGCAUUGUGGUCGGGCACGGGGCUAUAUCUUCGAGUUCACAGUCUGCAUCGUGCAAAAGGAUGGCCAGAUUAUUUCAAGUCAGGUACUGGAAUUCUGAUUCUACAUUCUGCCCUCUGCAGUCGUGAUUCGUUUGGACAAGUGUUCGAGUACAGUAAGCGUGCGCUUCUUGGGGCAUGGUGUACGAACACGCGUGCCUCGUUCGUCCGACCGCGCUGUUCUGGCGAUGACUUUAACGUUUCAGUUUCUCGAACGUGUUGUUUCGCCUUGCUAUGCAAUGUUUCACUAUGUUGGGCCCAUGAAAUGCGCGUUCAAAACGCGUGAGCGCCCCUCAGGAAGAUGUGUAUCGCUCUUGUGCCCACCGUCGCGUCGUCUAUCCUGUCCUGUUUAUCGUUUGUUCGUUGCCAUUUUAACUACUACUUCUGUAGUGGAGUGGACCGAGCAAAAGAACAGCAUGGAAUCCCUUAUGCUUGAAAUAUUCCUAUGAUAGACAGAGCAGCUGCUCGAAGGCAAGCCUCGUACAGAUCGUUUCCAAAGUUUUGUCGCUUCUUUGCCUUGAGUAGCCUAACCUGAU